CAGCUACGGCUGAGUCAACCCAAAGCCAAAAGCCCAACCUCCUCGGAACGCCUUCUGGAAGGCGACUGAAGCCCAAAGUCACCCCUUGUAGCGAUCUCUGUUCCCAUUCUUCCUCUUCCAUUGUUUAUCGAAUUCCCACUGCUGCUCAACACGUCUCUCCAGAACGAACGCGCAGGCGCUUACUUUUUUGUCCUUCGAUCGAUCGACCCAAGGCGAAAUUCCUCGAACACUACCAGUACUUACACCGCCACUAACUCGUUCGUCAGCCUUUCGAACCAGCCCUAAACAUCAACCAUGGUCAUACUGGGCGGUCUCGAACUCGUGGCGGCCGGCUACCUCCUGAAAGAGGUUGCCAAAGAUAGUAAAGAGGAAGAAGAACGGGAUCGCGACCGUCACCGCCGCAGACGGAGACGACAUUCUCGGGAUGACCAUCACCACAGCCACAGCCAUAGCGGAGGUCGCCACGACAACUCUCCUCCUCCAGGUCGUCCAGGACGUCUCUCUCAGAACUCACUCCACCCUCCCAAUGCCCCACCACGUCCUUACAGUGCACCCCCGGCACAGAUUGGGAGACCUCCCUACCCUGGUCCGCCGCCACCAGGUAUGAUGUGGCAGCAGCAACAUCAACAACAACAGCCAUAUCCGCACCCUCAAGGCCCGCCUCCCAACCACGGAACCUGGCCCAUGCCACAGCCCCAACAGCAGCAGCACCAGCCGCCGCCACCUCAAUACCCUCCUUGGCCCGCGAAACCACCGCAGCAGCAGCAACAGCAUCAGCAACCACGCCCACAACAAAACAAUUCCAACUUUGUCCCUCCACCCCUCCAGCGGCCGGCGACGGUCAUGCUCCCCCCUCCCAACAUGCACUACGACAUGAAGACGGGCAAAUGGCAGAACAACAUGCUCCCACCCGAGAUGUUGGAAGGUAGAAACCGAGACCGGGAUCGAGACAGAGACGCGGACUUGGACAGAAUCCACAGUCACGAACGUCUGAGGCGAGAGAACACGAUGCCGCCUUCGUCUUCGGCGGCCGGGACUCCACGUAUCAACAUCAGUCCACCGGGCCCGCAUCACUCGACCUCUUCCCUCCCAGUGGGCUUUUCCGAGCUGGAUUCCGAAACCCCCGGGCGAUACAGACCCUACAAUAACAACAACAACAACAAUUACGGAGGUGAAAAGUCCUCGUACUCUUACAGUCCUCAGCGGAGCGAGAGGAGGCCCAGAGCACAUUCAGGAUCAUCGGCGACCACGAGAUAUUACGACGAGGAUGACAUGAGGGACCCGCCUCCUGCAUAUCGGGAAUAGAUAAUUAUGAGAUGAUACUCCGGACGCUCUGCAGAAGGUUACGGCAACGCAUGAUGCAAUGUCAAUGACCAAAACCUACAACCUUUUUGACGCACUAUACUUAGCCCAAGCAGUACGAGAUCUUAUGGUAAUCUCAACGACACGAUACGAUACGAUCAUGAACUCUACUACAUCUUGAACAUGCAUGAGAUUUUAACGAAUUUGGGGCGCAGUAUUGUCUGCGAAUUGGAUGGAAAUUCGAAGUACUCUGUAUUGAUGAAGCUGGUCUUCAGUUGAAUGAUGAACCUAAGUCAUUAAACCAUUAAACC